AUGACGAAGUUUCUUUACAGCUAUGCUGGAAAAAUCAUACCUCGUCGGAAGGACGGUAAACUUCUUUACGUCGGAGGCCACACUAGGAUCCUUGCGGUUAAUCGAUCUAUAAGUUUUGAUGAGCUAAAUGUGAAGUUUUCCAAAUUAUGUGGCUAUUCCGUGGAAUUCAAGUGCAAAUUACCGGAAGAUUAUCUUGAUUUACUUAUCUCAAUCAAAUGCGACGAAGAUCUUGCGAAUAUAGUAGAUGAGUAUGAAAGAUUCUCGGUUCAUACACAACAUGAUACGAAAGUUAGAGUGAUUCUCUUGCCAAUCAAGUCGAGGACUUCUGAACCAUCAAAUAAUGUUUCAAUCGUCGAUCAAUCUCAUACAAAGGAGUAUUCUUCGCCUUCAAAUGUCACAUUUCAAUUGAUUAAAAAACAUGGUGGUAAAUAUAAAGGAGAUUGUCAAUGUUUUGGUGCGCCAACAUCAAGAUACAUUGAUGUUAAGAAAGAUGUUUAUCGCCUCGUCCUACGACCGUAUGGUUUUGUGGCUACGAAUUAA